ACUCAAACAUUUCUAUGGAGUCAAUUAAACUGAUGAGGCGUGGAGAUAGAAGAGGAGGGUGGAGAUAAUGUAACAGGAUGAUGAAAAAACUGCAGGUUUCCACAGUUUACUGUCUUGUUCUGCCAAACAUGAUGGAGGACUCUGAGCUCUGCUUCCCAGAGUUCUUUAACUCUUCCUGCAGGAGGCUGAAUCGUCCUCACUUUGAGGUUAUGCUUAUGUACGUUGUGCUAUCCUUCAUCUCUGGCCUCAUUGCAUUUCUCAACUUGCUGGUCAUCAUCUCUAUCUCACACUUCAGGCAGCUUCACACUCCAACCAACCUCCUCCUUCUCUCAUUGGCCAGCUCAGACUUUUCUGUGGGCCUCUUAUUGGUUUUUCAAAUUGUGCUCAUAGAUGGCUGCUGGUUAUUUGGUGAUAUUAUGUGUACCGUGUAUGAAUAUUUAUGUUAUGUUAUCACCUCUGUAUCGAUAGGAACCAUGGUGCUCAUAUCUGUUGACCGAUAUGUUGCCAUUUGUUACCCUCUGCAUUACUCCACCAAAAUCACACAAGGCAGAGUAAAAAUCUGCAUCUUCCUAUGCUGGAUUUGUUCUUUGAUUUUUCAGAGUCUGAUUCUGAUGGACAACCUAAAACAGCCAGGGAGGUACAACUCUUGUGUUGGCGAGUGUCCCUUUGUCAUUAACUACAUAGCAGGAUUUGCAGAUCUUGCGUUUUCUUUUGUUCUUCCAAUCACCAUCAUUGUAGGUUUGUAUAUCAGAUUGUUUAUGGUAGCCGUGUCUCAGUCUCGAGCCAUGCAUUCUCACAUUGCAGCCGUCACACUGAGACAUCCAGUUAGAGCUAAAACAUCCCAGGUCAAGGCAACAAAAACUCUUGGCCUUGUAGUAUUAGUGUUUCUGCUGUGCAUGUGCCCAUAUUAUUGUGUUGCUCUUACAGGAGAAGAUAACCCUGUGAGAGCAUUAUCUGCCACACUUGUAUUAUGCUUGUUUUUCUUUAACUCCUGCUUAAACCCCAUCAUCUAUGCCUUUUUUUACCCAUGGUUCAGAAAAUCCAUUAAGCUCAUAUUUACUCUUCAGAUAUUCCAGCAUGGCUCCUCUGACACCAACAUGUAG